CAGAGCAAGUUGCAGGCGGUUUGAAAGAAGGCGGAUAGGACGAGAUUCAGCCAAAGCGUCGCCGCGCCAGGGGUCCCGGCCUUGUGGGGUCUGCAAAUGCGCUACCUUGGGGCGUCUGCUAUGCGAACGAUUCAUGCAGCACCUGUGGCGUGACGUCAGCAUGUGCAUCGUGUGCGCGGGCUCGAGAUGGUCGCGGCGGCUGGCGGGCGCCGCGCCAUGGCUUGUGGUGCCCAUUUUGGUCCUGUGGGGGGUCACGCAGUUCUUCCCCAAGGGCUGGAGGAUAGAGGUGACGUCACCCCGGGUGCUGUGCGUCAUUACCCUGCUGAGCUUGGCGUGGUACGAGUUGGCCCUCCCCAGGUUGAAGGACUUCCGGGCGCGGCGUAAGGCGGAGGCGCUCGAGCGGAAGCGCAUCCUGGCCUUGGAGGAGGCACGGUGGCGGAAAGUCGCCACUAGGCGGUGCCGCAACUGCCUGGCCGCGUAUGAGAAGCAAACACCCCCGGGCGGCAAGUUCAUGUGCACUUACUGCGGGCACGUCUCCCGAAAACCCGUCCUCGACGCUCCAAAUGGAGCCGCACCAGGAACGGGGGGUAGCGCCGGGCGAGGGCCCGGUUGGCUGCUUGACUGGUGCGGCGCGCUGAAAGAGGCGCUCUGCCUCGAGCGGUGUGAAAAGGGGCAGAAGGCCGGGUGGUUAGGGACGGGGUUGUGGCUGACCUCGUGGGGGGUGUCGCUCGGGCUGUGGCCGCUGCGGCGCGGGUGGCGUGCGUGUCGCGCGCUGCAGGGGUUGCGGGAGGACGAGAAGGGAGACGAGGGGCGGCGGGGGGAGCGGCGGGGGGACGAGGGCGCGGUGAGCAAAGAGGAGAAAGCGAGAAAGAGAGCGGAGGAGAAAGCGCAAGCGCGGUUGGAGCGGGAGGCACUCGAGGCGGAGGAGCAGAAGCAACGGCUCGAGGUGGCCCGGCUCGUGGAGGAGCGGCGGAGGGAGCGCGACAGGCAGCUGGCCGCGCAGAGGGAAGGGGAAAAGGAGGCGGAGAAGGAGCGUGAGCGUGAACGGCGGCGCGAGCAAGAGACGGCUCGGCGGCGGCCCGACAAGCAGCGCGACCGCCAAAAGGCGCCUGAGAAAGAGAACGAGAAGAAGCCGGCACGGAGCUCCUCGGGGGAGGUGGACAAGCCGGCCCGGGGAAACCAACCGGGCCCUCUGCGGGACACCAAAGAGAAAGUAGGCAGCGACCGGGAAGUCAAACCGGUCUCUCGGCCGCUCAACGGCACCACAACCCAGAACCACACGCGCUCGCCCCCCGUGCACCUGAAAUCGGACCUCGACGCGAAAACGCGAGCGGGGAUUGUAAAGAAUGGGCCCGUGAUUAACGUGCGGACAGUCCAGGCAAAGGUUGCGGCGGCCGUGGCAGCGGCCAAGACCAAUCAGAGUGCGCCAGGUGUCAGGCCCCCUGCAGUGGGGCCGAGCACCACCAACGCGUGGGCGAAUGGGCCGCUGCCAGCUGUCAGGAAGGCGGCGACAUCGCAGAAACCUGCAACGCCGCCGCCAAUAAUGCCUCCUGGGUCUGGGGUCGGGUCAGCAGCGGGGGCAGGGGGCGCAGGGGAGAAUGGUCCGGGGGGGGCGAGCUCUGCCUGGUUCGGCUCUGCAUGGGCCACCCCCUGGGCGAAGGUGGCGGCGGCUGGGGCGGAAGCAGCGGGACCGGGGCCUUCGUCUGCACCAAAGUCGCCCUCAGCCCCCCAGCCCGGUCGCUCCUGGCACAGCCUCUUCACCCGCCACUCCCCGAGCCAGCACGACCCCCCCCCUCCCCUCCACCUGCAAAGCAACCCCCCGUCGCCAUACGCGUCGUCUCCGUUGGGCUCUCCAUUUGGGCGCUCCCCAGCUUCACCCCCCCUCCCCGAAGACUCCACAUUCGAACCCCCCUACGGGACGAAUGGGUUAGCGUACGGGCAUGCAAAAGGGGUGUGGGGAAAUUCAACGAGUUCCUUGGGCCAGUUUACACAAACCGAAAGGGGCCAGUUCGCACAAUCCGAAAGGGGCCAAUUUACGUCGUCUGAAAUGUCCGCGCCCCAUCGGCCAGCCCCGGUGGGCACAAAGGUAAGAAACGGGACGGCAGACCCGAUCCAGCGGCUGGUAGACGAUCCCUGGGGAACCGGUGUGAAUAGCCGCUUCCAAGACGGUAUGAACGGGCACGGUAACAGCCACAGCGCGAACGGGCGCUACCAAUCGGACGGAGUGAACGGGCGCUUCCCGGGUUGGGACGAGAGCGGCAGCAGCAGCGGGUCUUCUGGCAAAUGGCGCAUGUGGGACACCCCGGCCCUGGAGGAGAUUUCUCACACCUCGGCGCAGCUCUCGCAGCCGUCCCGGGGGGGUCCCCCGGGCAUGCCGUCGCGCCCCCUGUCGGCGGACUCCGUCGCCUCCUCCGCCUCGUCCUGGAGCUACCGCCCCGGAAGCGCGCGCAGCCAAGCCACCCCCCCGCCAGAAUCGGACGCCGCUCUCAAACUCGCGCAGCACCUGGAGAUGCUCUCGCGGAGCCCCGGAGUGUCGCCGUCCCCCCCGCCGAUCAAGAUGACGCCCUCGUCGAGCAUCUCGCUCCCGACGUCCCUUUCCCCGCGCUCCCCCCAGACCGGGUCUCCGAGCCUAAACCUCCCCAAAACCCUGUCCCCGCUCGCCAGCAGCCUCUCCCCCCAGUCGCUCUCCCCGACCCGCAGCCUCCCGACCUCGUUCGCGGCCCUGCCCGAAACCCUAAACCCCGAGCCUGCCGUGCCGGAAACCCUGCAGAUGUACCAAGCCCUGUCGCCCACGUUGCUAAAGCCCGCGAAAGUGCUAUCGGCGCUGCCCGCGUCGGCCGCGUCGGCCCCGCCGUUCAUCCCCGAGUCGAUGAGCAACUCGAGCACGGAGCUGGCGGAGGCGCUCGCGCGCGCGCACGCGGCACUGCCAAGUGGCGCGCCGUGGGGCGACCACGUGGCGAGGCUGGAGACGGCGCGGAGCAUCUGGGAGGAGGCGGAUCGCGCGCACAUCAUGGUGCCGCCGGAGUUUGUGGACUGCAUAACCCAGGAGGUUAUGGUGGACCCGGUUAUAACUGCAGAUGGGCACUCGUACGAGCGGUCGGCCAUCGAGGUCUGGCUGAGGCACCAUGACACCAGCCCCAUGACGGGCGAGGUCCUGCCCCCGCCCCCCGGCCAGGACAACACCGGGGUCGACAAAACGCUCCGCCCCAACCACAUCCUGCGCGGCCAAAUCAUCGAGUAUCGGGAGCGUCUUACGAGGGGGGCCAAGCAGCGGGUGGCCGAGCAGGCGGGGUGGGGCAGCACGAGCGGCCAGCCCAGCGGGCAGGCCACCGAGCGCCCCCGCCUGGCGCUUUUCCUCCACAACGACCAGGGGGUCUGGUAGACUGCGCUUGAAAACCUCGUACGCAGUUGGGAAUGUACUUGUGGGCGGGGGUAAGAUCUGAGUGGAGUCUGGUAGGCUGCGCUGGAAAUGCUACGCCAGAACGGGAUUUACUUUUGGGCGGGGUUAAGGUUUGAAUUUGCGGUCAGAACUGGGAGGGGUUGGGUACAAUCACACAGCCGAGGAGGGUUCGGGACUGAUGAAUUUAUGCUAUGCCGUCGAGAUGGGGCGAAGGUUGGCUGCAGGCGGGCGGGCCACGUUUUGGGCGGUGGGCUUUCGAAGCUCACGCCGCAUGUCUGUCGAGAGAGAGCACGGGAGGAAAGUCCCGGACACGUGUCUGUUGCUAGAUUGCGAUUCUUUGAUGGACCUGAGGGAAACGUCGUCAAUAUUUUUGUCUUCAACGGGGUCGUUGAACCCUUGCUAAGUUCGAGCCUCGUUCUUCAUUUGGCACUCGCGCAUCAUUUGUGGGUUUCUGUAGUACAAACCCCAAAAGAUGGUGAUAUGGUCACUUGCUAC